AUGGCCGCCGCCGAUGUGCGCGACAUGCUGGAUUUGCCCGCGGAGGGCCAGCCGCGACCUCACAAGAAGCAGAAGGUCGUCGAAAAGAGACCCGAGGGUAUCACCCGCGAACUGUACGCCCUCCUCGGUGAACGCGCACCACCCAUCGCGAUCAACGAAAAUCGCUACAAGGGACGCCCGAAAUGGAUGAGCAAACUGCGCGUGCGCCCCUGGCGCAUGACUCCCUUCACGAACAGCGCGCGGUCAGACGACCUCGUUCUCCACCACUGGCAGAGACAACCGGAACCCGCGAAGCCCGCGUUGGAGGGUUCGGAGAUGGAAGUGGACGACCAACAGAAACCAGAAGAAGACGCCUCGAAGCCCCUCGAGCAGGAAUACAUGUUCGCGAAAUACAAUAUCAAAGCCCGCGUGCCCAACCGAUACACCGACGAUGAAUACAACCGCCACCUGAAGAGCGACGACUGGUCCCGAGAGGAGACAGACUAUCUGAUGGACAUAGUAGAGGAAUACGACCUACGAUGGGUGGUGAUCGCCGACCGCUACGACUUCCAGCCCCGAUCGGAGGACUCGACGUCCAACGCCAACGCCCUCGUCCCCGCCAAACGAUACCGAACGAUGGAGCAAAUGAAGUCCAGGUACUACUUUGUUGCCGCGUCCAUGCUUGCGCUGGAACACCCGCCCUCGGAAAUGUCCGAGGCCGAGUUCGACCUUCACGAGAAGAUGAUGAAGUUCGAUCCCGAGCGCGAGCGCGCGCGCAAAGAGCUCGCCGCCCUGCAGCUGAACCGCACUGCGGACGAAGUCCGCGAAGAAGGCAUCCUCCUUGAGGAGCUGAAACGCAUCACCGCAAACGAACAGGAUUUCAUCUCCGAACGCCGCGAGCUCUAUUCCCGCCUCGAGGUCCCCGUCAGCGUCGGCAACACCACCAUGUACCAGUCCAGCCAGGGCCUGUCGCAACUCCUCCAGACCCUCCUCCAAGCCGACAAAUCCAAGAAGCGACGCUCUUUACUUGGCCCCGAAGGUGCUGCUCCCAGCCCUGCCGGACAGACGCCAGCACCGAGCGCCGGCGGUGCGCGCGACAGCCGCGCCGACACCCCGAGCACCGCACCCGCGGCGCCUACAAGCAAGAAGGCCGCUGCCGCUGCCGCUGCCGCCGCAAAACAACAGGAAGCUCAACAGACGGUCCGCACUCUUACGCCGGCCGAGGAAGCCAAGUACGGUGUGCAGCACCAUGAGCGUCUGGCUCCAAGCGUGCAGUUCCGCAGCGACCGGGCGCAGAAGUUGACGCAAGCCAAGUCGAACGUGCAGACCCAGAAGCUGGCGGCUGCACUGGCGGAGCUGGAAGUGCCUCUCCGCCUGGUUAUGCCGACCGAGCGCGUAUGUAAGGAGUUUGAGAAGCUGAUCCACUCGGUGAACCUGCUGCUGGAUGCGCGGAAAGUCUCUGAAAAGGUCGAGAGCGAGAUCCGUGUGCUGGAGGCGGCCAAGGAGGAAAGGGAACGGAAAGAACGAGAGGCAAAGGAAAAGGAAAACCCCCAGGUGAAGACGGAGCAGGAUGACAAUCCCGCUCCAGCACCCGACCCGGCUAAUUCUGCUGUGCCAGCGCCGUCGACCGCUGAGACGGCCACGGAGGCAUCAAGCGGAGGAACGGGAAACAGAGCUGGAAAUCCUGACGCUGGAGCUGAUGGGAACACUGCACAGGCAUCAGCCAAAGACCAAGAAGCCACCUCGCACAAACGUUCAGCAAGCGUGCUGAGCAACUCAAGCGAUAACGAUUCGAAGAGGCAGAAGAAGUAG